GUUGUUGAUACAAGUGAAAGAUUGACCAUUCAAAUAUACGUUACAUAGUCAACUAAAUAUACUUGCUUUAAAUGUGUACUCAAGAACCCAAAUACGUGCACAUUUUAAGUAGGUCUGUUGUCAAGAUAAUGACUUCCAGUUUAUUAAACCACAUGAUGGUGAGGAAAAGUGAUUAAUAUACAACAAAAGCAGGUCAACACGCUUACUUUAAGAUUUCGACGAUAUGAGGAGUAAAGCCAAUACAGAUGGCGGAUAUGCUUGGGUGGUUUUAUCAGCUUGUGUCAUCCUACAGUUUCUGACAGCUGGGGUUGUCAGUUCCUUUGGUCUAUUUUUCGUUGAGAUUCUUGAGGUUUACGAUGAAAAGGUGUCCACUGCCACCCUUAUCAUGGGACUGAUGAAUGGAGUUUACUGUUUGUCUUCACUUCCCAUCAUGAUGUAUUUGAUUAAAAUUUUGAAACCAAGAACAACUGUUAUACUUGGAAGUUUCAUAACAGCUUCCGGUUACAGUCUGAGUUGUCUGGCUGGAAAUAUAUACUUCCUGUUCUUUACUCUCAGCUUCCUCGUGGGUGUCGGAAUGGCUUUGAUUUUGCCACCAUCAAUCUAUUUACUUGGGACGUAUUUUUCAAAGCGCCGCGCUAUGGCAAAUGGAAUAGCUAUCUCCGGCUGUUGUUUAGGGGGACUUGUUUGUCCUCCUCUGUACAGAUACUUACUGGACAAUUAUGGCUUAAGAGGAGCUCUGUUGCUUACUGGAGGUAUAUUGAUGCACAAUAUCCCAAUGGCUUGUUUAUUAAGGCCAAACGGCAAGUCCUCUAACAUUUCUAAAAAAUCAACUGAGAAAGAGGCCGACAACGAAGGAAAAACAACAGAAUCAGAUGAACCAGUACGUAGUCAGAAUGCUGUAAAAGAUCAUAGCAUUAAGAAUGGUGACGUGAACAUAUAUAAUGUUUCUAGUGGAUCAGAUCCGUUGUUGUAUGAAAAGAAGAGCAAAGCUAAACUUUUAUCAUCAAGUGAAAAUUGUCUUUAUAGAAACGUUGACACCCAAUUACUCGAUGGGCAUUAUAAUAUGCGACGAUUUUCAAUAUCAGAUUCAUUUACAUUUGGUAAUAGAAGUGCAUCUUUAGGAUUAUCGAUGACAAAUCUGAAUUCCAGCAAUAAUCAAGUUAGCGAUUCGCCAAUUGAGGUACACAAAUGUCCUCAUCCAUGUACUCCUUUCUUGAAUCCAACGUUCUUUUUAUUCGUUAUUACAAACUGUUUGGCAACAACUGUGGCUGCUACGUUUUUAUCUUACCUCCCGCUAUAUGCCAAACAUCACAAUAUUGACAAUACUAAGAUAGUCGUUUUAGUUUCCCUCACUGGAGCAGUGGAUUUUAUUGGGAGAAUAUGUUCUGGCAUUUUGGCUGACAUGCCACAAAUAAAAACAUACUAUAUCUUAGCAAUAUCGCAGGGUGUAUGUGGUGUGGUAUAUAACUGUAAUUCAUUACUGACAUCGUUUGCUGGGCUACUGGUGUUUUGUGUUGCAAUUGGUCUAUUUGCUGGGGUCCAACUUGUAUUAAUGUUUAGUCAUACAGUAGAAAUAGUUGGACUUGACUUAACUCCUCCGGCCGUAUCGAUCCUUAUUGUUGGUCAAUUACCUGCGUUUAUAUUUGGACCACUAAUUUUCGGUCUUUUAAGAGACUCCACAGGUGACUUCGUUGCAUCUUUUCAUACCAUAGGAGCACUAGCUUUACUGUCGUCGGCAUUGUUCUUAUGUGAACCUCUUACAAAUCGGAUUAUCAGACAGUCUCAGGGAGUUAGGUUCGACCGAAAAGCUGUCCUUGAUAAGUAAUUGAUGGUACAAACUUACAUUAUUCGAUAUUUCAAUGACCAUUCUUCUGUAGGCUCCACAAAUCAGUAAUAUAAUACAGAGUGAUAAUCAUAAGGGGUAAACAAAAACAAUAGCAGUAUUCAUAAUGUCAUUUGUAUUUUAUUUUUAAGUCAACCAGUGUAUAAUUAGUAUAUGUCUAAAUAAAGCGCAUGUGUUACUUGCUCGACAAAUGUAAACACUAUAUGGGAUUUCGCAGUCAUUAGUUUCUUGUAAAACGGAGUUAAAAACAGGCUAAAACUGUCGAAGUUUUCAUACAUUAACAUACCUAUUUAAAAUGUAUAAACAUGUACUAUGUAACCGUCAACUUUUAGUACACAUUCGUGUUGAUUCAAAACUAUAAGGCUAACUAUGAUCAUACAUAGAAAUAUUUGAAUUAAUUAUUUAUUAUUUUCAUACGUAGGUAAAUAUGUUUUGCAUUUUGUUCACUGAAUUUGAUGCGUCAUUUAUCAUUUGAAACAUCAAGUUGGAUUUAAACUUUAAAAUUUUUCUUUUUCUAAACUAUUGGAUCUUUUGUUUUGUCAUUCAACGGGGGGUAAAAAGAGCAUUAAUUACAAGUGUUGUAUGAUUUUAAAGUUGUAUUAUUGAUGAGUAAAACAAUAACACAAACUAUGGAGUUUUAUAAAAGAUUUAAAACGCUUAAUGACAGAUGAAACGCCGAAUCAAUAACCGUUUGUUUGGUACAUAAGUAUAGUAAUUACAUGCCGUCAAUUUAGAAAAAAAUAGAUCUAGUUGUAUUCAUAAAAGAUUUUAUAAAUAUUCAAUAUACUCAGGUGUUUUUUUUUUGUUAUAACAACUUUCAAACAGACCUUGUUCUUGUCAGUAAGUAUUGUCUUUUACGA